AUGGACAUUUCGAAAUCUUUGGGGUACAAAGAUUUCGUGUGGGCAGUUCAAUUGCAUCGCUUGGGUUUGGACUUAAUUGGUUUAUGGCCCAGUACCGAUGAAGCGAAGAAAAGUCACGGGUCUAAUAUUCGAGUGGGUUUCGUCUUUGUUAUGGUGAUGCUUGGCUCCGGUGUUCCCCUUAUAUGGGCGCUUAUACGAGUUUGGGGUGACAUGGUGCUUAUGAUAGACAAUUUGCGAAUUACGUUACCUCUUAUAGUUGUUACGGCGAAAUUUAUUAUCAUGCGAUCGAAACAAGCAGUUCUGUUAUCUAUCGUAAAUAUGAUAGCGGAAGAUUGGAUGGCGUUAAAAUUAGCCGCGGAAAGGGAUGUGAUGAUAAGACGAGCACGAAUCGCACGAUUACUCAUAAUAUUCGGAUACAUUAUAAUGACAUUAGCAUUUGUCAUGCUAAUUAUUUUUCCCUGUUUUGGCAUACAAAUCAGACAUGUAACGAAUCUCACGGAUCGGAACAAACCUUUUCCGCUACAGACGUAUUAUUUCUACGACACAGAUCCGAGUCCGCAAUUUGAGUUGACGUUUCUCACUCAGGUCAUAACAAUUUCCCUGGCAGCUGUAAUUUACACAUCGAUAGAUGCUUUUUUGGGACUGGUGAUCCUUCAUAUCUGCGGUCAAUUGGAGAACUUCAGAGACCGAAUAGUCAAUUUGAUCUCGUGCAAAGAUUUCAACAAAGCUCUCAGUAACAGUGUGAUGACUCAUUUGCGCCUCAUCAGAUUUGCCAAUAACAUUGAAGAUACAUUUACUUUAAUGAUGUUCGGAUUGUUACUCUAUUUUGGUAUCGUAUUCUGCCUAUGUGGUUUUUUAUUGCUUACUGUGGUCACUGACAAAAAGACUACUAAUGCCGGUCUUCCACAAGCAUGCUACAUGGCAGUAGCUGCUCUUAUCUUAUUAUCGCAUACAUUUCUCUAUUGCGGUGCCGGAGAGCUUAUAACACAGCAAUGUAAUGCAGCAUAUCGUGCUCUGUGCGAACUUGAGUGGUACAAAUUAGAGCCGAGAAAGGCGAGGAAUCUUAUUAUAUUAAUGAUGCGAAUCAACGAACCCUUUCGUAUCACUGCGGGAAAAAUUAUUCCACUAACGAUGACUACUUUUUGCAGCCUAUUGAAAACAUCAGCUAGCUACAUAUCGUUUUUAUUGGCGAAGCGGAGCUGAAGAUAUAUAAUAUUAUAUGGAAAACAAUAAAAUGUAAUUGCCAAUUUUAUAUUGGAAAUUGUAAUUGUAGAAAUAAAACACAUAUUGUUUACCGUA